AUGUGUUGCUGCUUUUUCUUCGGCGAAGUCUCAGCGAUACGAACAGGCGUCCAUUUUGCAUCGCCAUAUUGAAAUUGGUCGGACAUCUUUGGACGCCAUGUUUAGUCGGACAUAUUUUAUAAACAUUUUCGCGUAAAUUUCAAAUAUUUUUGAGCACUAAUUAUCGAACUUUUUUUCACUGAAGUGUGUGACAUAGUUUGCAGUGUAAAUUGUCUGGAAAAAAUCUUUGCCUACGCAGCAGUCCAUAUUUGUCUCCAGGGGGCCGUGCAGCUUUUGUUAUAAGCUAAAUAAAGUCAGGCUGGCCUCAAAAUGAUGAAUCAAGAGAUAAUGUGUGAAGUGGAAAUAGGUACCCAUGGUGGUAUGGUAGAGAUAGAUGGGGAUGAACAAGUUGGUGUCAAGUAUGAAGAAAUAGAAACUGGUCAAUACGAGGAGUACAUAACGGAUGAUCAGUAUGAAGAGGUCGAGGAACAGGUCAUUGGUAUGCAACAUUUAGAGGAAGACUAUAAAAUUUCAGUAGGCAGCGAGGAAGUUAUCCUGCCCGGUAUGCCGGGGGAGGAAAUACUACAGCACCACACAGAGAACGCGUACGACGCCGGCUACCCAACGCCAGCCUCCACGAGCAGAAGAGGUCGCGGCAGGCCCCGAGUUAACGCGAACAACACGAGCAACAUACACCAUUUAAUGCCAAUGGGUGAAGUGCCAAUGGGUCUCAUGGAAGGUAAUACAGGAAGAGCAGCGAGACGAUGGGAACAAAAACAAGUUCAAAUUAAGACUAUGGAGGGGGAGUUUUCUGUAACGAUGUGGGCUACGGGGGAGGAUGAUGAUGACGGAUCCAAUCCUGAACCCGACCCCGACUAUACGGAAUACAUGACGGGGAAGAAGAAUGUCUUAGGAAACGAAACUAUGCCUGGUUUAGAUUUAUCAGAUCCGAAGCAGCUGGCGGAGUUUGCACGUCCAGGUCACAAGAUAAGACUAAAGAAACCGUCUCCUGAAUCCUCAGAUAGAACUAUAGCUUGUCCACACAAGGGGUGUUCCAAGAUGUUCCGCGACAACUCCGCGAUGAGGAAGCACCUGCACACGCACGGGCCGCGUGUGCACGUGUGCGCGGAGUGCGGUAAAGCGUUUGUAGAGAGUUCAAAGUUAAAACGACAUCAGCUCGUCCACACGGGGGAGAAACCGUUCCAAUGCACGUUCGAAGGGUGCGGGAAGAGGUUCUCGCUCGACUUUAAUCUAAGAACACAUGUCCGAAUCCAUACGGGAGACAGACCGUACGUCUGUCCGUUCGACAGCUGCAACAAGAAAUUCGCACAGAGUACCAACCUCAAGUCGCACAUACUUACACACGCCAAAGCUAAAUCGAGAAACUCGCUUUCCCGCAACGGUGGUGGUGCUUACGAAUCAGCGAGGACAACACCUCAGUUCGUUCAGCUCGAAGUAUCCCCGGACGACUCUAAUCCACAACUAAUUUUCUACACCCACGAGUGAUGUGACACGGGCAUUUUAAGUGCGGAUUAAGUGAUAGUUAUAUUUAGAGUGAAUAAGUGUAAAGUGAUUUCAAGACAAUGUGAUGAAGUUUUAUAUGUACAGUUAUAUUAAGUUCUUAGCUAGCUCUAUGUUAUGUGAAGAGGAAUAAUUCAUCGGGACUUUAAAAUAAUUGUUCAAAAUAUAGUAUAUUCCAAUGGCAAAAUUGAUGUUAGAUUUGCGUACUCUAUCCAAUUUGCUAAUAACUCUUGUUUAUUACAAAUAGUUUGUGAUUAAUAUAUAUUUUUUUUUUUAAUAGAACUCUAUUUAAAUUUAAUUUAACUUCCAAAGUUACGAUAACUUUAAUGGCAUUAAAAAUGCCGCUUUUUCACAAGUCCCUAAUGAGACGCUUACUAUUUAGGUCUUCGACCGAUUCAAGUAAUGUCAAUUCAAGGUUAAACUAGCUUAUUUAGCUUUUCUGUCAUUGGAAUAUGAUAAAAUUUUGCAGUUCAGUAGAUAUUAAUGGUUUUCAUUCAUUUAAUGCAAAGAACUUCAUAAUACAAUAACUAUACACUACUGUGAGAGAAAAUAAGAUUAGUUCUGUUUUUCUUUUUUAAUGUGGUUAGGAUUUAUAUCUCCAGUGAUUUGAUUCGAAGAUAUCACACUGAAGUUAGGUGAUUAAAAAAAAACAAUUCUCUAGUAAUAAAAACAGUAAUUUUUUUUAACUUGGUAGGUGUUGCCAUGUGAAAUAUCUAACACCGUGCAUAAUAACUUCCUACAAAUUACGCUUUUAUAUGGUAACACUAUAAUAUGUUUUAAUGUAAUUUUGUAGUUAUUAGAAAUAAUUUGUAAAAUCAUGCAUACAUAAAAAUGUAAAAUAAUAAGGUAAUACUUACAUAUUAUUUCGUUAUGAACAAGGUCAAAUAACUGAUAAUAAUAAUUUUGUCAUACAAAAAGGUCAUAGGUCAACUCUGGAUCAGAUUGGCGCAUAACCAAAGCAGAAGCCUUUCAUUGAACUGGACUUAGGAGAAUCAGUGGACUUUCAAAAGUUGAAAUUUAUUUUAAUUAUUACUGGUUAAAUGAUUGAUUUAAAGUCUUACUUAAGAGAUAUAUGCCUACCCAACUGUGGGAUAAGGGUCAUAUUAUCAUAAUCUUAACUUUAAAAACAUGUAAAAUUUUGGAAAUGAGUCUUAACAACAAUAGUUUUCAUGAUGAUAUUAGUCAGAUAAGAGUUUACUUGUCAGAAAAACCCCACCAAUUUACAUCGGGUCAUUGCAGUAGUUAAAUCCGGAGCUUUAAGACCUAACACUUCUUAGACCAGUUCAGUAACAGCAGUAACUAUUACCCGUAUGACUAAAAUACCUACAUGCUUGGUUGCAAAUAUUAAAGAUGAAAGAAAUAUGAAUUUGUUUUACACAUGGAUAUUAGUAUUGUCUAUAUAGAACCGUAAGUCACUUAUAGAUCAGAAUUCAAUGAAUAACUGGUAAAAAUUUUGAAUUCAAAAUGAAAUAUCUAUUGCAACAGAAUGGUGUGGGUUAUUGUUGAUUCCAACAGAAUAAAUUAAUAUAUUGUGAAACUCAGGCUCGUAAAUUAGAUUUAACUGUAUUUCAGAAGUCAGUACCACCCAGGACGAAUAGUACCUAUUGACAAUACAAUACUAUACUAAACUAUAUAAUCAACUAACUGGGCUUAACGUAAUUAUAUAUCUAAUAUCUCUGUUAGUAUUACCAUGAAUAACAAUUAUCGUAGUCAUUGUUUGGUAAAUACUUACUGAAUAUUAUUAGCAAAUGUUUGUUAAUUAUUCAAAAUACGUUCAACACAUGUAUGCAUGAUUUUAUAUGUUCACGUGUAAAUAAUGUAUAGAUAUGCCAAAAAGAUGUAAUAUAGAUUUUAUAUAUAAAUAUUUUCUAUUGGACGUCUGAGGGUUUUGCUAGGGGGAGGAUUUUUAUGGAAUAUAUUAAUUUAUAUCUUAGCUCGUUGAACUGUUUCAUCGAUAGUAAUUUCUUCCAGACAAACUAACAGACUGGACACAGAGUCGUAAGAUCAAUAAUCAUUAUUUUGUCAAAUGUUAGUAAGGUAAAUCAAUCAUCUUUUCCUCAUAAUUAAUCGUGAGUUGUUGUUAUCAUUUCCAAUAAUUCUAUUAAAUUAUUGGAAAUGAUAACGAAUUUAUCUUAAAUAAACACAGAUGAUAGUGAAAAUUGUCCGGUCCUUUGCAAUCAUCCUAGGAUUUUUGCAUUUAUGCAAAUUGUCUGAUUAUUUUUGGACAUAUAAAUGUUCAAUAUAACAUACUGAUGGGUUAAUAGGACUACAAUUGAAGAGAAACUUGAGCAAUUUAAACCAAAGAACCUUGAGUGCCUUGCCAAAAAUACCAAUUCUUUUGUGGCAAAAAUCUUAUACAUUGAGUGACCAGCUCUCAGGUGGCCCAUUGGCCAGUCUGCCUAAAUAUAUAACAAAAUACAAAUAUGGCGAACAACUAACAUACUUAUGCUCUUUCUAUAUACUUAAUAUCAAACGACUGAUUGCUUCAAUAUUAUAUGUUCGACACGCUAAAAUAUAAAUUCUUAUAUAGUAUGUUUUUAAUUCAAUUUAUAAAGAAUGUAAACAAAACUAAAUUAUACUCAAAUUUUCUUUUACAUUGAUCAAAAUUAUUUUCAAUGUUAACAACAUUAGAAUAUUUUAUUGAAGAUAUUUAAAGUAUUCAUUAUUGAACGUUGAGCAGGUGUUAAGUUAUAUACUGAUUCAUCUCUUUCUGACAUAAUUGAUUUGAUAUUCGUUGGAAGGAGACAGCAUUUUGUACCAGUAAAGCCAUUAGUCAGACAGGAGAUUCUAAUUUUAGACAGUAAAAUGGAAAUGUAUAUCCGAUCUGAACAAGAAAACCGAUGUAUCCUCUAACCGUAGAACACUAAUUUGUAUUGUUUAAGAGAAUUGUGAAACUGUGAAUGUUCAUAAGCUGUAAGCGAUAACCUUCACCCUGUGAACAUCAUCUAAUUUUUAUAUAUUUUGCUAAUAUUGUAGGUAAAAUGACAAUCUAGGUCCUUAAGUUUUUAGCAUAAAGAAAUAAUUCAAACAAUAUAGCAUCUAAAUAUCUAUAUUUUUGACUUCAAAACUUCAUCAAGCAAUUUUUUUUUUUUAAUUAAUCUUAAUUCAUUUAAAAAAAACCACAGACAAACCUAGAUUAAGCUGUACUGAAUCUUAUGAGAUCAACAACUUAACGAUUGCCAGAAUGUUAGCAAAAUAAUAAAUUAAUAUAUUUGCUUUACAUCUCCAUACAUACUAAUAUUAUAAAUAGGGAAGUAACACUGUCUGUCUGUACUCUUUAAGGCCAAAUCAGUGAACUGAAUUUCUCCUUCCUUAGGGUACUUUUAGUGCCUAAUACUUAUGAUCAGCCCCUAGAGUGGUCGACAACUUUUAUUUCUUUAUAAAUUAAAUUAAAAUAAUAUCAAAACGAUAGUCAGAUCUAGCCGGUAUAGUAUAAGCGUGCAGAUAGUAUAUUAAAGAUAUAAGUGUUUCAUCUUUGGUUGGUAUAAGUUUACAAUGACUGAUAAAAUAAUGUUUUUUUUUUACGAAAGAGGAUUUAUUGCAAAGUUUGACUUUUUUUUUUAAAUAAAGAACAAUAUUGUAAUUAAAACAACGUCAAAUUUUGCAAUAUGUCUUAAGAUUGUUUAAAGCAAUCU